UUUGGACAUUUUGACGGGUUGUUUAUUACACCACUAUUAAGGUGUAUUUUUGUGGGGGUAAGGUUAGUGGACAAGGCGGUAGGAGAAUUAAUCUCAGACAGACAAUUGCUGAGGCAAGGUGCGGGAUCAUCCAGAGCACGAGUGCGCCUGGCAACCGCUUGAGUUCUAGAGGAACCAGCAGAGGCUUCGUGGUUAGCAGAGCAACCACUGGAAGCCUUGCAAGGGAUAUAAGGUCUGUAAACUUGGAUCCAUCAGUCCAAUAUUACAUUUUCUGUAGGCCUGGGAUAUUGUGGUGGACCAAUAGCAGGUGAACAGUGCAAUAAUGUAAAUUACAUGGUGGCUUUCUGAUAAGAGGCUGGUUCUGGCAAUACAGGUGAAACAACUUUCCAUUCAGCAGGUAAACAGCAGACAUCUGAAUAUGGUAGCUUUACUAUUGUAGAAACAUAUGAGAAAUCGCACCUACGUAUACUUCAGAGAGUGAUCUGCAGUUCUCAGAGGUGGAGGAAGGAACUACUGAAUAUGAGCGAUGACAGGCCCUUUGUAUGCAAUGCUCCCGGUUGUGGUCAGCGCUUCACCAAUGAAGACCAUUUGGCUGUUCAUAAACAUAAACAUGAGAUGACAUUGAAGUUUGGUCCAGCUCGUAAUGACAGUGUCAUUGUGGCAGACCAAACCCCAACACCUACUCGUUUUUUAAAAAACUGUGAAGAAGUUGGUUUGUUCAAUGAGCUGGCUGGAAGUCCAUUUGAGAAUGAAUUUAAAAAGGCUUCCGAAGAUGAUAUUAAAAAAAUGCCGCUAGAUCUGUCGCCACUUGCAACACCAGUUGUUAGAGCUAAAGCUGAGGAACCUGUUACUGUUGAAACAACACAUCAGGAUAGUCCUUUGCCCCAUCCAGAAUCUACUACUAAUGAUGAUAGGGAAGUUAAUACGCAGCGGGCUGCACAUCCUACACCAGCUAUAGUUCGUCCAGCAUCACUUCAAGUCCCAAGUGUACUACUCGCAAGUUCAGAUUCAAGUGUAAUUAUACAGCAGGCACUUCCAUCUCCAACGUCAGGUACAGUCAUCACACAGGCACCAUCCUCAAACAGACCAAUAGUACCAGUACCAGGUCCUGUUCCUGUGCUGUUACAUUUUCCUAAUGGACAUACCAUGCCUGUUGCUAUUCCUGCCUCACUUGCAAACCCUAAUGUACCUAUCCCUGCUGCAGUCCCAAUUGUCAGGCCUGUCACUAUGGUAGCAAGCAUUCCAGGAAUCCCAGGGCCUUCUUCACCACAACCUGUACAAUCCGAAACAAAACUGAGAUUGAAGGCUGCUUUGAACCAACAGCAUACUCCGUUAACUAAUGGAGAUACAAGUGCAGUACAAACUGAUGGUGCAGUCAAGACCCGCUCAGAAGAAGCACACAACCAGGUUUUACAGCAGCCUGCAAUAUCCACCACUGAAAUCCCAGCAUCACCAGCUCAACCUGCUCAGCAAACACAAAACACUAGUGGACGACGUAGAAGAGCAGCAAGUGAAGACCCUGAUGAAAAAAGAAGAAAGUUUUUGGAACGUAACCGUGCAGCAGCAUCACGAUGCCGACAGAAGAGGAAAGUGUGGGUACAGUCAUUAGAGAAGAAAGCUGAAGAUUUGAGCAGUUUAAAUGUACAACUCCAGAAUGAAGUCACCCUGCUGAGAAAUGAAGUGGCUCAGCUGAAACAGCUUCUCCUGGCUCAUAAAGAUUGCCCUGUAACUGCCAUGCAGAAGAAAUCUGGCUAUCACAGUAUUGAAAAAGAUGAAAGCUCAGAAGAGAUCUCUGUGCCAAAUAGUCCACAAGCUGAGGCCAUCCAGCAUAGUUCUGUUAGCACUUCUAAUGGAGUAAGUUCAACAUCUGUAGCAGAAGCAGUGGCCACGUCAGUUCUUGCUCAUAUGGCAGAUCAGAGUUCAGAACCACUUCAGUCACAGAUCGUAGUGGUUUCAGUUCCCACUUCGCAGAUACAGCCUUCAGUAAGUUGACUGACAGGAACAUGUACUGCUACAACUUGUAGAUCUCUGCUGACUGUAAAAAGGGAAACCAACACAAACAUAUCAAGUCUGAUGAAAAUAAUACUGAAGGCCUAAUUUAUUGCUUUUAUCUUUGUUUUUCAACACGCUUAUUAGUAAACCUUUACAAAAACAGAGACCUAAUAGCACUUUCUAGCUUUCACGUUGGAUUUGCAUUUACAAACAUAUUUGAAAAUGUUCCCUCAGCUUCUGUAAAAAACUCUGUACUUUACAAUGUAUAGCUAUUUUAAAUUGUGAUUGGUAUUGUUUUAUACAUGCUGGAGUGAGUUGUUCAAACACAUUUCUAGGAUUGUGAAAGUAUCUUCAUUUUGUGACAUUUAUACCAAAGUUCUGCAUAGCCCAAUUUAGAAAAAUCACAGUGCUAUAAGGAAAAAUCUUAUAGCUAGAGGUUUGUUUUUGUUUUUCUUUAUAAAUCAUUUUGCCUUGAUUAUUUUUGCACAUUCUUGUGAAGUCUGAAAUCAAGAGUAAAUAUAUGCUUUAUUUCUUGUAUAGAUUUUAAUGUUUUCAGAUGCAUUGUUGUAAGAAUGUUGUUCACUUUUUUGAUACAUUUACAGAAAAUAACCUUUAGGUUACUGACAAAGCAGCACAUUACAGAUCAGAGCUACUGUAGUUACCAGAAUAAAACUAAUGUUAGCACUUUUAUGCAAACAUUGCAUGCUGAUCUGUCGAAUAUAAAAGUUAGCUAUGUUUCAUUUUAUCACAAUUUUCAGAAACUAGAGCUUAUGUUUUAUUUAUAUAUUUGUAUUAGCUUGUUAACCUUGUACUUGUCCAGACACUGUUAUCUUUUAGUCACCAAAUUUUGAUAAUAUUUCUUAUGAACAGAACUCGGUAUCCCUCUUGAAAAUUAAUGUACUGUUUGUUCUUUGUGAAUGUGUAUGGAUUUAGUAGUAUUUUGCCAGCGGUUGUUUCGCUUCAUUGCCAGAAGUUGCCUUCACUUGUAAUGCUGGCUCAAUGGAGAUGGAUUUUUAAAAAUAAUGUAAUUUACAGUAGUGUACUUUGAUAACUUACAUUCCAUAUGUAGUUGGUAACUGAUGAGAUAUUAUUGUAAGUAUACUUUUCUCAUUAUCCAGACAUCUGUUAGAUGUUCAGAUAUUCAUAUUUUCUGAAUGUGCCAUUGAUAUGUACUUGUGUUCAGAUUUACCAUUUAUAUGUACAAAUGACUAAAGAUUGUGUUGUCAGGUAAUUUUUCAGGUAUUGAAUUUCCAUGUGUAGAAAAUCUGAUACACAUUCUAGUCUGCAGUUAAGGUUUGGUAGUUUUGCAAAAGAGUGCAAAGAUUUUGUGGCUUUUACUUGCAAAUAAUUUGGUAUAUUGAUAGUGCCUAUCUUUUUUUCCUGUUCUUAAACAAGAACAGACACUGUCUUACAGAUGUUAACAUUUCUAGCAAGUUUUUAAGACCCAGUCUGCUACUUUAAUGUCACUGUUAUUUUCCAGUAAAUGGACAUUGCAGUAUUUUAAUUUUUUUAACCGACAGGAUCACAAACUGAGAUCAUUUGAAGCUUAUUUUGUUUGAAGAAUAGAUUUUCCCUCAGAAUACUGUUUGAAGCAGCAGUGCAAUAACUAAUCUUGUAGAAUAAGCUUAACUUACUAAUUACAGUGUUUGGCAUACCUUCUAUUCAUAUGGAUUAUGAUGGUUUUACACAGAUUUGAUUUGAUUUUUUGAUAACAAAAGGUUAUUUAAUGUGUGCCAAAAAUAAAUAUUGAUGUAACAUAUGUAUUCCUGUUUUUAGAACAACUGACAUCUUAGAAUACAAAUUACUUGUGCUUUUUGCACUGACCUCUGUGGAGGAAACUCACUAAUGCCAGAUAUGAAAAAUGUUCCCAUUAAAACUGAGACUUGCAGAUUCUGUAAUCUUGGUUUCAGAUGUUUUUAAGCGAGUCUUAAUAUUUGCAUGUAUACAAGAUAUUCUUCUAGAAUUCUUGUUUCCCUUAGCUUAUGAGACCAUACUUCUUUUUUCCUGUGCACAGCAUCUGUGUACCACAGAUUAAAGAACUUGCACACCCUAGUGGUCCUCAGGUCUUGCCGGCCACUCGUACACUGUGGACCCCCUGUUAGUAGUCAUUGUUUAGAAAAGUUUUCAUAUUUGAUUCAUAAAAAGUUUAGGCUGUUGAGGCAUGAUUUGUUCACAUUUUAAGAAUCAUCACAGACAAUUUCCAUGUUUGCCUGGGUUCUGAGUAUGAAAAUUGAUUUGUACCUUUGCCAAUACUUCCACCCCAUGACCUGAAAAUGUCACUGAAAGAACUUAAGGAUUACAUCAAUAUAAAGUGCCUCAUGGACAGUGGAGUCACAGUAGAAAGGUUGGGCAGAUGGCAGUUUGAAGGUUCCUGGAGAAAAGGUGAGGGACUUGGACACCAGGCAUAAGUCAUUCAGCCCUGGCUUCACUUCAGAGUUUGAUAUAUCAGAUGUGGCCUAUUCCGUCUUGCCUUGCUUGCCAUUUUCUUGCAAGAGGUGAAUUGCAGAGAUCUUUAUUGUCACAUACAUGUCAGGUUAAACUGAGAAGUACGAUCUCCAGCAUCCAAUCUUGGAGCAAUACUUGGGUGCCAGUUGCCACCUCCUGCUCCUCAGUUGGGGUCUUCCCCAUGUGCCAUAGGUGAUCAAGAAUCCACUUUUCAAGUCACCAGUGAGCCCCUCUGCUCUGUGUCUCUCUUUACCUUAACCAGGGAGACCUGAUACCUUUGCAUCCUUCACAUUAGUGAUUAGCCAUCCAGCAUUGAAGGUUGAACCUUUUGCCUUUACAGUUGUUUCACAUUAACACCCCCCUUCUGUGCACACCUGCACAGUGGCAGAUGGCUGAGUGCAGGAGAACACUAUUCAGUUAUUUCCUCAGGUUUCCUUACUGCUGAUGUUGGACCCAGUACUGGCAUUUUUAAGUCGCAUUCAUUCUUUCUGUUGUGCUUCUGUAUUACACAGUGGUCUGGUGUGCCUGCAAUUGGCCAUUUAAAUAGUAGUUGUCCAUCCUUUCCUUCUUGAGUACUGUAGGGUCACAUAAAUGCUCAGAAGGACAUGGAAGGAGGUUUUGUAAUCUCUUAGAAUCUUCUCCCAUUGUGCAGUCUAUUUUGUUGGAAGCUCAUCCUGUCUAAACAAAUAGAGACUAUAAAUCCUGUUCUUACACUACUUCUCCUGUUAAGAAUCCAUUUUUGAAAAUUACUUUCAGUGUAAUGAUGUCCACCCUAGAGUACUAACAGUUCCUUGUUUUUCUUUUGAAAAAAAGUAUCUUUGUGCCUUUUUGUGGCAGGCAGAGUUGGAGAUUUGGAAGCAUUUCUCAUUUAAAUACUGUUUUUUUGCAAAGUAAAAGCAACUAGACUCAGGGCGAUCAGCGUUAGGAAGGCUAAAAGCUUUUAUUGUUAUUUGGUUUAACAACCCUUCUCUUAUGAUAGGAACUUUGUGUAAGAUUCUUGUGUAAUUUCUUUUGCUUAUCAUACCUCACAGAAGUGUCAUACCUUCUUCAUUUGGGUAGGGAGUUGACGACUGUGGAGAGAUUUAGUAAGUGGAUCUAUUCAUAGGCAACCUUCAGCUGUAAGUACUUCACAUAUCUGGCCUAUAUGUCCCACUUCAGAGCUCUGUCUCAAUCUAGAAGACAAGGUAUUUCAGAACUUAUCUUCCCUUCUUGAGUCUGAUUAAUGCAAGUGUGUGGAAGAGAUCUGAACAUGAUGUUGUUGGUAUUGGUCUUCAUAUAGCCCACUCAGCUGUGUGUCUAGAACAGACACAUCUAGCAUCCAUCUGUAUAGCAUUUCCUGCCAAACAUUUUCCUUUUUGUAUGAUAUUCUGCAUAGUCAUUCCUGGGGUGAUAUCCUGUUUGGGGAAUUCCCAUAUGAAAUUACUGAUGUUAAUGUAGAUAAAAGGCAAAACUCUUUACAUGAAACAUGACACAUAUGCUUCAUUCUUCUUAGAAAUGGUAUUCCAAAUGCUUAGACUACAGUUUUACUUACUAGGCUGUAUUUUCCCUUCUCAGGUCUUCUGAUCAAAUCUCCUGAGAAGUCUUAGGCUUAGCAGGUCCAGUUGCAGUUCUCACUACUCUCGAAAAGCUACUCAAGAAAGAGGUUGGGUCUUUCAUGUUUGUCCCAGCUUACAUUUAUUUUUACAUAGGCAGGUAGAUUGUGAGAAGCUCCCAACUUGAAGUCUUCUAAAUAAUCAUCUCAGUUCAGAUGAGCAGUUGGCAACACAGUUGCAAUGUCUUGUGGAUUAAAGUUGUGGUAGAAUGUGUUCUACACCUGGAACAACGGGGUGUGGGAUUUCAUUCUUACCUUUACCUCAUCCCAUAUUCUGAACUGUUCUGUCACAGCUAGGUGAAGGUUAGAUUGGCAGCAUGCAGGCUGUCUGUUUCCUUAUGUUGGAAGGUGAGUACAGCUCCUGCUGGCUCUUUAUGUGAUGUCACAUACCAGACUAGUAGGGUACACCCAACCCCUGCACUCACCACUCCUUUUCUGCUACUCCCAUAGACUGGUUCUUGAUACUAACAUACAGUGUUAAAAAUUCCUGCAGUUGAUGCCGAGAAGCAUUCAAAGUGCUCCUGCAGUCACCUAGAUCAUGAACUAGGACCUGUCAUGGCAGUUGCUGUAUUUUUUAGUAAAGGUGCUUGAUGUGAAAAAUUACCAUAACUGACGCUCCUUCAACCUUUCCAUUUGUAGAAGAAAAAAAUGAAAAGCUGGAGGCCUACGUCAGCUCACAGAGGAUAACAUUCUUGAAGAGUAGUACCCAGAAGAGAUGACAGUAGAAUCAUUUGUGUGAUCCCAUGCUAAGGUUGGAUGGAAGGGAGGAGGAAAAGGAACUGGAGGCUAGGCACCUGCUUAAUCAUUUUUCUACAGAGUCCAUCCCUAUGGCCACUUACAUCACCUGACAUUUUGUUUGCUGUGCCUUAGCUAUCGAGGAUUGAGGUCAUGCUUCUUGACAAAGGGGAACAGGAGAAGUAACCCCUUUCAGCCAUCUUUGGGGGGGGGUGAAUUCCUGGAUCCCUGUACCACCAGUCCCAUGUUUGAACAUUUGAACACCACUCUGUUCUGCCAUCUUUCACAGAGCAAGACACUGAAUCCCCCAGUGAAGCUUUAUUGAUUAAAAUAAGAUUUUAACUGCUUUCUUCUCUCAGCUUUAAUGGGCAAAGGAAAGCUAAUGAGAUAAGAGAUGGGAACAGUCCUACAGUUCCGUCUCCAUGAGCUGGGCCCCACUGUUUGACAUUGGGCACAUAUGCUAUGUUUAACAUAUGCAUUAUAUGUGGUGAAUGAGACCCACACCCUUUAUGCACUGAAGCACCGUCCCUUGUACUCCUGCUGUGAUGGUAAAGUAAUGUAAAGUUUUCACUUUGUAAAGGCAUUCUGCCAUUUAUGCAUACAGAUACAGUCCAAAGGCAUGAAACAGAAUCAGGCUUUACAUUUUCAUUUGAGCCUUUCUGAACAGAUCAGUAGUCCCAAAUAAUAGUGACUGAUGUCCUUUUCCUUUAUUGAACAAUGUUGUUUUUUAAAAUAUAAUUUUAGUGACAAGUUACAUCAGCCACAACGUUUCAGCCUUGACCGAUGUGCGUUUCUGUAAGGUGAGUUCAUGGGUGAUAUAGUGAUUUCAAUCCGGAUGUCUUUUCUUUUGUUUAGAAUAGUAGUAGAUGGAGGGUGUUUUGAGAAAUGAACCUGGAAAUACAAAAAACUGUUAACAGAUUUUUAACAGACAUUCAGUAAAAAAAAAAAUUUGCAAACAUUUCUGUUCAUGGGCUAGUUUCGUCUUACACUCUACAUUUUUUAUAUGCAUUGCAAAAUGUAUAUUUGUAUAUUUCCCCAUUUUAGUUUAACAACUGAUGAUCACUGGCAAAAAAAUUCAUUUAAAAAAUUAAACUUUA